UUUUCUUCCCAUCAACAGGAUACAACUUACAAAUUUAAUCAUGGGAAUUCUGAGCCAGCUAUCAAUCAUUCACCUCCUCUGGGCUGCUACGGUCUUUUGUCAAUAUGAAGACUAUGAUUUUGAGGAUGAAUACGAUGAGAUGCCAGAUCAUCAACAUCCAUUUUAUUUUAAUCCAAGUACACAAGCUGAAGUUCCUCGCUUUCCCUUUCCAGCUGAGUGCGCCAGAGAAUGCUUCUGUCCACCAGCUUUUCCAUUAUCAAUGUACUGUGAUCAUCGUAAACUUAAGACAAUACCAAAUAUCCCUAGUCAUGUCCAACAACUUUAUCUGCAAAGCAAUGAUAUUGAAGCUGUGCCUGCAGGACCAUUCACUAAUGUUACCUUCUUAAGAGAAAUUAACCUCAGCCACAACAAAAUUAAAUUCCAUACAAUUGACCACGGUGUUUUUGCCAAACUUCCAAAUUUACUGCAAAUUCAUUUACAACAUAAUGAAUUAGAAGAAUUUCCAUUCCCACUCCCCAGCUCUCUAGAGAGACUCCUCCUUGGUUUCAAUAAGAUUUCUCGGCUAUCUGGAAAUGCACUGGAAGGAUUAACUAACAUAACUAUGCUUGACCUUUGCAAUAACUUUCUUGACGACUCAGUACUCAAAGGAAAACCCUUUUCAAACAUGAAAAAUUUAAUGCAGCUAAACUUAUGCAACAACAAAUUGCAGACUAUGCCCUCUGAUCUACCAUCAUCACUUAUGUAUCUCUCUCUUGAAAAUAACUCAAUUUCUUAUGUUCCAGAAAACUAUUUCAACAGACUUCCAAAAAUCAUUGCUCUGAGAAUGUCUCACAAUAAUCUGCAGAACAUUCCACGCAACACUUUUAAUCUACCCAACCUUCUAGAACUUAAUCUUGGACAUAACAAAUUGAAACAAGUUUUCUAUAUUCCAAGAAGUUUGCAGCAUUUGUAUAUCGAAGACAAUGACAUUGAAUUCAUAAAUGUUACUUUGAUGUGUCCAUCUAUUGAUCCAAUGAACACCAACCAGUUAACCUAUAUACGGGUGGACCAAAAUAAGCUUACUAUUCCAAUCAGCACAUAUGCUUUCUUUUGCUUCCCUCACAUUCGAACCAUUUAUUACGGUGAACAAAAUGUUAAUGUCAACAAAUCAACUCAGCUAAGAACGCCAGUGUUCCGACGAUUUUUAACACCAGAAGAAUACCAUGAAGCAGAUGACAACCAUGAAAUACAUGAUCACGAAACCGAAGAAGAUCACGAAGCGGAAGACAACUAUUUCCAUCCAUACUUUCAGUGAAGUAAUCAUCAUUAACGGGUAUAGACAGAAACUUUUACGUAGUUGGGGGGUAUUUAUAUCCACUUUAGAACAGCAGGAUCG